AUGAUUAGUCCCGAUCAUUCCCUCACAUUUAGCAACUUGGCGUCAAAGAGCUUCGAGCUCACGCAGCACAAUGUACCGACAUCCCCCGAUGUCCGGAUGAUUCAGGACAUCAGUCAGGCGACUCUGACGCCUAGAGAUGGGGAAUCAGUCAUGUCGUGGACAAAGGGGUGCUACUUUGGGAAGAGCGGGUUCGACGACGUGAUGCUCUGCUGGCAAGAGCUGGAAGCCUUGACGUCUUUUUGUAUCAGCAUUGAGUCUCCCGAGCGCGGCUUCUUCAAGCCUAUUCGGUCCCAUUGGAAAGUGAAGUACAACGACGGCACGACAAUCAAGGACUGGUUCUUUCCUUCGGACGACCCGUCAGAUCCGUACACGUUUCCGAGCUCAAUGGAUGUUGACAUUUCGGUUACGAGCCAUUCGGUGAAGGAUCAGCUAGAGCUCAAGAUUACCAUCAAGGAUAAGACACCAAAUGCUGAGCUUAAGUCAUAA